AAACCGGCCGGCGCUAUGACAGCGAGUCACGGGAGGAAGGGAGUGGUGAUGUGAUUGUGGAUUGGAUGAGUGUUGCAAGGUUGAAGGCGCCUAACAACUCUCAUUCACCAGCAUAUACGUGAAAUCAAAACCAAAACAAUGGUAUUUCUAUACAAAGCAAGUAGCAAUGCUCGUGAUUUUUAGUUGUUCGCUGUUUGGAAACGUUUGCCUGGAAACUGGUUAAGUUGUGUAUAUUAGCCUACUGACAGAAUUGUUUUUGGACCCAAAUGGAUACACCGCUGACGACGGGUUAGGUUUUUAAGAGUUUGAUCUGGUUGUGGUUCUGGAUUGUCAUUAUGGACGAUGGAAGCGCGGAGACUGAAGCGCUCGUCGGGAACUCGAGUGAAGAUGUUCGGUCUCACCUGGACUCGAGAAACACGGCUACAACAAAGUUCAAAGUUUACAAAAGGAGAUGGUUCAUCUUAUUUGUACUCUGCCUGCUAAACUGUUCUAACGCAAUGUCAUGGCUGACUUUUGCUCCUGUUGCCGACCAGACAGCACAAUAUCUGCGAGUCUCUCUAAAUCUGGUCAACUGGCUGUCGCUAGUCUAUGUAGUGGUUGCGAUCUUCUUCAGUCUGAUCACAACAUGGGUGCUGGACACACUGGGACUGCGCUUCUCGCUAAUCAUGGGCUCAUGGCUCAACAUGUUGGGCGCUGUCCUGCGUGUCAUUGGCAUGUUGAACUGCAUCCCAGAGUGGGCCAUGUUCCCUGUGGUCAUGGGGGGACAGACGCUGUGCGCCUUUGCCCAGCCUUUGGUCAUCUUUGCCCCCACCAAGCUGGCAGCUCUCUGGUUCCCUGAUCACCAGAGGGCCACGGCUAACAUGAUGGCUUCCAUGGCAAAUACUGUUGGGCUGCUCUUAGCGAAUAUCUUCUCUCCGAUGAUAAUUAGUUACACCAGUACUCUUUUCAUGCUGCUCUUGAUAUAUGCUAUACCUGCCAUCGUAGCCUGUUUCCUAGCAACAGCGGGGAUCCGUGAACGCGUCCCCCCGACACCCCCCUCUGCCAGCAUGGUGACCUCCAGCUCUGAGCCUUUUCUACAAGGGGUGAAACUGCUAAUGACAAACAAAGCAUACAUGGUCCUGCUGGUGUGUUUUGGUUCAGGAAUAGGGGUCUUCACUUGCUUUUCCACCUUGCUGGAGCAGAUACUUUGUGUUAAGGGCUACUCAAAUGACUUUGCAGGAGUGUGCGGUGCAGUUGCUAUUGUAUUCGGUGUCCUGGGUGCUUUUCUCCUCGGCCUGUACGUGGAUAAGACCAAGAAGUUUACAGAGGUCACUAAGAUAAACAUGUGUCUGACAUCCCUGGGCUGCUCUGUUUUUGCUGUGGUUUCCCAGUUAAGCGAGCAGAAGUUCAUCAUUGGUGCAGUUUGUGCGUGGUUUGGAUUUUUUGGGUACUCUGUAUAUCCCAUCGCAAUGGAGCUUGGAGUUGAAUGCUCGUACCCUGUGGGUGAAGCAACAUCCUCUGGAUUGAUCUUCGUGUCUGGACAAAUUCAGGCCGCCCUUUAUCUGCUCCUGCUGCAAGCCCUGGCCAAACCAAUGGUAGAUUCUCCAUUAUCUGUGUGUGCUACUGGAGCAGAUGCCAAUUUGAGCUGGUCAGUGCCAGUGCUGGUGAUGGCAGGCCUGUGUACUCUGGGCACCUGCUGCUUUGUUGGCUUUUUCCACACGGAUUACCGAAGACUCCGUGCGGAAGCCACAGCCUCACCAAAUACAGUGACAGACCAGUCAACAGGAGGAGACACCUGGGCAAACAGCACUGAUGCAUAAAGGGACGUACUUAUCUAACAGCAAGAGAAACCACUGAUGACAGUGUUUACGCACACUUUAAGAAGUCUUUUACCUCAUUAACACUGGAAAUAUGUGCCUUAAAUGCUCAGAAGUGGUACCAGCUUAACCACAAUUAACGUUACAAAGACCAAAUGUUUAAUGCAAUUUUAAUCUCAAAUUUUAAAUGCUUUUAUUGCAAUACAGGGUACAGGGAUUUUUUAACUGUUGUACUUAAUGCAUUAAUAAUUAUUUUACAAUGUAGUUAUUUAAUGAGGUACAUAUUGUUGGAUGUUUAAAGUUGGAAACUGUUAGUUAUAUUAUGAAAGUAGAGAUAUAUUUGAGUGCAAUAAAAUGUCCAUAGGACUAAAUUUCUACCUUAAGUAGGUGCAUAAAUAAAGAGUUGCUGGGUUAGAGUAACUGCUGUGGUUAAAAAAAAAAAAAAAGAACAAAAGAAGGUAGACUUACAACUUUUUCUUGCAAAUAUUUUUUAUUUUUUUUUGGAAGAUCUUAAAAUUGCUAGAUAUAAACUCACAAUUCUGAGAAAAAGAAUUGCGAGGUAUAAAGUCAGAACCGUUUUAUUUCUAACAGAGUUUAAAAAAUAAAAUUAAAAGUAAUUGCAAAUUUUUCUCACAAUUGACUUUUUCUUGCUAUUACAAGUUUACAUUAACAACUGACAAUUUUCUUCUCAGAAUUGCAAACUUAUGUAUAUUUUUCAGAGAACUGUGAGAAAAAAAGUGCCAAUUACCAUUUAUCAUUAUGGGAAAAAGCUUCCAUACUGUAUAUAGCUAUAAUAGGAUUUAAACAGUGGUAUCGAUGCAAAAUAUUGCACAGCUUUAUGCAAUACUCAAUUCUGAUCAGUCAUUGUGUGGUCAAAAUGUUUUGAAUGACCGCUAAACUGUACAUUUGAUCAUUAACUCCUUCGCUGCUACUUUUAAAUAAUAAAAGUAUAAAUAUUAUACUUUUAAAUAAUAAAUUUAAUUAUUUAUUUAGCAAAGCAUUUACACUAACCCCAGAGGAGUCAUUAUCUAUUACCUAUUCCUGCUAACUUGACCAAAACAUUUGUUUGUAUGUUAAUAAAAUUAAUUAUACAAUCAAAAACACUGUUUUUGGAAAGUCAUUGUUCACUCAAUAUGCUCAUCUGCA